AUGUUUGUUCUUCUUCUUCAAGUACUAGGAUGCCUGUGCAGUGAGCAUGUGUUUGUCCAGGAGGCGUCGCUACUAUCGCCUUAUGUAGAUGAGAUCGGAAGGUUUCUUAACUGGAAGACCUUUGGAGAGCAGGUCAUAAAGGUUCACGGAAAGGACGUGUUUGUGCAGCUAGGAUACUCGUCUCCAAACAGCUCCGGGGCUGUUCUCGGAUCCCAUCCCAUAAGCUCUGAAAGAUUCUGUGUUGACCUGGUCAUUGAAGUUGAAGAGGGGUCCAAGGGAGAAGACAGCGAGGGAAUGGCCAUAUGGAUAUCAGAUGAGGAGACAUUUAAUGAGGGGACCUGUUUCGGCAGAUCCUGUAACUUUAAGGGCCUUCUGGUUGCCAUAAAGCCUUCGGGAAAGUCGUACAUCGGAGUCAAGGCCGGGAAUGUUUCUAUCAACCCCCGCAGUAUUGACAAAAGCUUUGACCGGGUGGAGUACAGAGACUUUCCCUUUGGUGAGAAAUUUGUCCUCAGAAUUGAGCAGAAGAAUUACGAGCUAUCCAUAUAUCUGGGAGAGCCAGAGAAUCUCUCUCUGGUUCAUUCAUACAGAUCUAAUAUUGUAGGAGAAGGAGAUUUCUUCGGGGUCUCUGCAUCAACAGGCAAGUCCUCUGCCUCUUUCAGACUUGUCGCAGUCGAGAGCUACCAUCUCAAGGACCUUGGGCCUGGGGAGUACACAAGCGACGACGUCCACACAGGAGGAAGGCUUGUCUGGAUCCUGCUCGCCGUUGUUGUCUCCGUGACAGGAUACUACCUUUACAGCAUCCAAAUAAAAAAGGAUAAUUAA